AUGGCAGGCUUCCUUGACCUGCCUCUCAAGAUUCGAAAGAAGAUCUACCGCUACUCUCUGGUUGUGCCUCGAGUCUUCGUCCGCCCCUUCAUGUCGAUGGAGUACACGUUGGAUCCAGACCGACAAGGGAAGCAUCCCAUCCCCAAUUUCUCCCUACUUCUGGCCUCCAAGAUGAUCUACAACGAAGCCAUGCCCAUAUUUCUCGGUGAAAACACCUUUUCCCUAGUUCAUGUCGACUUGCUCGCCACCUUGGCGCAUCAGCAUGAGCGCGUCGCCAGCAACCUCACCAAGAUCCGCAAACUCGAGUUGGUCUUCGAUGUUCGCGACUACAACUUCUUGGCCCAGUUCCUGGCCGACGAGUCGCUGGCGGUUGCUGCGGAGGUGGAGGAGCUCACUGAGGAUGAUGACGGCUCGGUACGCAAGCACAAGACUGACGCCAUCAACGAGUUGAUCCAGCUGCACGAACAGCUGAGCAUCGAAGACACGGCCCAGGAGACCAAAGAAGAGGAAGAAAAAGAAGAAGAGAAAGAAUACGACGACAAGGCUGCUUCUCUUUCUUCUGCUGCCGUUGCCGUCGUCGAUUGUGCCGGCAAGAAUGGACAAAUAGAACAUGACCAUCAAAUCGAGAACAUUCGAGAGCUUCUCUGGGGCCGGACGCUAACCUUUGUGCGGCAGAAGUUCGAAUUGUCAUAUCUCUUUAUCGAUUUGCGCCGAUGCACCUGCGCCGAUGGCUGUUGCCGACUAGUCGAGCAGGUGUUGGACUGGGGCUGGGUCCACGUCUGGUUGCACGGUAUGCCCAAGCAGAUCCAGGUCCGGGGGAUCACUGAACAGGAAAAACAGGUGAUUGCGGGUAUUCUUGAGCGGCAACUGUUCCAGGAUGAUUUGACAGUGGAGGAGAUUUAUGACCAGGAACGGGCGACAGAUCACCGUAUGUACCUGCGUUACAAUGAGUUGUUGAGAGAUGUCUAUCAGAAACUCGAUAGGGAGAACCGGUCAGCACAGAAGAAGAGCAUGGGUCUCGGCAUUCAUCUCGAGAAUAUUGAAACAAGAGUGAAUUGA